UGGAGCGAUUGGUGUUUACGUCAGUGCUAAAAGGUCAAAGAUCAACCACUCUUUACAGAUCUGACAUGUACAUCGCGUAAGAAGUGAUUUAUAAUCAACCAUCAACAUCGCCUUCAAAAAUGAGGAUUCUAAUGGUCACCCUUUGUUUAUGGAUUACUACUGUGACAUCACAAACCAAUGAAAAUACACAGACUCUGAUUAACGCCAUUUUCACUAAUUAUUCAUCCAAAGUACGACCUGUGAUCAACCAAGAACAGCCGCUUCCUCUUGAUGUCAGUUUUUAUCUCAGCAGCAUCAAUGACGUCGACGAGGUCAAGGAGAAACUGGUGACCACGGGAUACCUGUCGCUGACGUGGACAGACGAGCUGUUGAGAUGGACUCCCGCUGAUUAUAAUGAUACUGUGAUUAUCUUCAUUCCUCAGAAUGAUAUUUGGAAGCCAGACCUCGUCCUGAAGAAUGGAUUUAAGAAAUUUGAAGAAUUGGGAGGAACGUUUUACUAUCUCAGUGUCUUUCACGAUGGCACUGUGAUUUGGUUACCCUUUAAUGUAUUUGAAAGUCGAUGUUCCAUGGACAUUACCUAUUUUCCUUUCGACACGCAGACGUGCGAUAUCAAAUUUGUUACUUGGAGCCAUUAUGUUGAACAGAUAGAUAUUCAGAAAUCCUCUGAUGGAAUACAAUUUUAUGAAUAUGAACAAAACAGUGUAUGGGACCUGAUUGACACUAGUUCGGGAAUUCAAAAGGAACAGAGAGAAUCACAAGUCAAAUUCACGUUAAAGCUACGCCGAAAGCCAUUGUAUUACGUAAUGAAUAUCAUUCUGCCUGUGGUAUUUCUGGGAUAUCUAAACAUUCUGGUUUUUGUUAUCCCAGUCGAUGCAGGAGAAAAGAUGUCCUUCUCUGUGACGGUAUUUUUGUCAUUCGCUGUUUUUCUGACCAUCAUUUCGACACUUCUUCCCACGAGUUCCGAGAAUACACCGAUCAUUGCUAAAUAUCUGAUUAUACAGUUAAUAUAUGGAGUUAUAGCCCUAAUCAUCUCAGCUUUCCAACUUCGCUUACACCACAGAAACGAGGCAGAGGAAAUCCCGACGUUUUGGAUCAAGGUCGUUCAGCUACAGCGUAAACUAAGAUGUAAAAGAACACGGAAAGUCGACGCCUUGGAGACGAAUCUGAAUGAGAAAGUCGCGAAAACUGAGGAGAAUGGCCCGGAUGUGGUUGUGGGGUGGAAUCACGUUGCGUCCUCUAUAGAUUUUUUCGCAUUCUGGACUUUUAUGAUCACCAAUAUAUUGAUUACAGUUGUCGUAUUUUCUGUGUCGGCGGCAUCAUAA